CCUUCACCUAUUCCUGCGGUGCUUCCGACUCCUUCUUCAUGUUCAAGUCCAAAGACAGGACUUUCUGCCCGGCUCUCUAAUGGAAGCUUCAGUGCACCGUCACUCACCAACUCCAGAGGCUCAGUGCAUACAAUUUCAUUUCUACUGCAAAUUGGCCUCACACGGGAGAGUGUUACCAUCGAAGCUCAGGAACUAUCUUUAUCUGCUGUCAAGGAUCUUGUGUGCUCCAUUGUUUAUCAAAAGUUUCCAGAGUGUGGAUUCUUUGGCAUGUAUGACAAAAUUCUUCUCUUUCGCCAUGACCUGAACUCAGAAAAUAUUUUGCAGCUGAUUACCUCAGCAGAUGAAAUACAUGAAGGAGACCUAGUAGAAGUUGUUCUUUCAGCUUUGGCCACAGUAGAAGACUUCCAGAUUCGUCCACAUACUCUCUAUGUACAUUCUUACAAAGCUCCUACUUUUUGUGAUUAUUGUGGCGAGAUGCUCUGGGGACUGGUACGUCAGGGUCUGAAAUGUGAAGGCUGUGGAUUAAAUUAUCAUAAACGUUGUGCCUUCAAGAUUCCAAAUAACUGUAGUGGAGUUAGAAAGAGGCGCCUGUCAAAUGUGUCUCUGCCAGGACCUGGCCUCUCAGUCCCAAGACCUCUACAGACCGAGUAUGUUGCCCUUCCAGCUGAAGAGUCACAUGUUCACCAAGAACCAAGUAAGAGAAUUCCUUCUUGGAGUGGUCGCCCAAUCUGGAUGGAAAAGAUGGUAAUGUGCAGAGUAAAAGUUCCGCACACAUUUGCUGUUCACUCUUAUACCCGUCCCACAAUAUGUCAGUAUUGCAAGCGGUUACUGAAAGGCCUCUUUCGCCAAGGAAUGCAAUGUAAAGAUUGCAAAUUCAACUGCCAUAAACGCUGUGCGUCAAAAGUGCCAAGAGACUGCCUUGGAGAGGUUACCUUCAAUGGAGAACCUUCCAGUCUGGGAACAGAGUCAGAUAUACCAAUGGAUAUUGACAGUAGUGACAUGAACAGUGAUGGUAGUAGGGGUUUGGAUGACAUGGAAGAACCAUCUCCCCCAGAAGAUAAAAUGUUCUUCCUCGAUCCAUCUGAUCUCGAUGUGGAAAGAGAUGAAGAAGCUGUGAAAACAAUCAGCCCAUCAACAAGCAGUAAUAUUCCGCUAAUGAGGGUCGUACAAUCCAUCAAGCACACAAAGAGGAAGAGCAGCACGAUGGUGAAGGAAGGAUGGAUGGUCCAUUACACCAGCAGGGACGCCUUGAGAAAGAGGCAUUAUUGGAGACUUGACAGCAAAUGUCUAACAUUGUUUCAAAAUGAAUCUGGAUCAAAGUAUUAUAAGGAAAUUCCACUUUCAGAAAUUCUACGCAUAUCUUCGCCACAAGAUUUCACAAACAUUUCACAAGGCAGCAACCCACACUGUUUUGAAAUCAUCACUGAUACUAUGGUAUACUUUGUUGGUGAGAACAAUGGGGACAGCUCCCACAAUCCUGUUCUUGCUGCCACUGGAAUUGGACUUGAUGUAGCACAGAGCUGGGAAAAAGCAAUUCGCCAGGCUCUCAUGCCUGUUACCCCUCAAGCCAGUAUUUGCACUUCUCCCGGACAAGGGAAAGAUCACAAAGAUUUGUCUACUAGUAUCUCCGUAUCUAAUUGUCAGAUCCAGGAAAAUGUGGACAUCAGUACUGUUUACCAGAUCUUUGCAGAUGAGGUGCUUGGUUCAGGCCAGUUUGGCAUCGUUUAUGGAGGAAAACAUAGGAAGACUGGAAGGGAUGUGGCUAUUAAGGUAAUUGAUAAGAUGAGAUUUCCCACAAAACAGGAAAGUCAACUCCGUAAUGAAGUGGCUAUUUUACAGAAUUUGCACCAUCCUGGGAUUGUAAACCUGGAAUGCAUGUUUGAAACCCCAGAACGAGUUUUUGUAGUCAUGGAAAAGCUGCAUGGAGAUAUGUUGGAAAUGAUUCUAUCCAGUGAGAAAAGUCGACUUCCAGAACGAAUUACUAAAUUCAUGGUGACACAGAUACUUGUUGCUUUGAGGAAUCUACAUUUUAAAAAUAUUGUGCACUGUGAUUUAAAGCCUGAAAAUGUGCUACUCGCAUCAGCAGAGCCGUUUCCUCAGGUGAGAUAUUCUCCAAACCUUCUUAAGUAUCAUUUUAAAUAUCUUUCAACAUGAUAAAGUACCUACAUAACAAAAAGCCAUGCUGUAGGUUCAAGUAUAUAACCAUUUUACAGCCAGUAAGGAUUAAUACCUGAAGAGUUUGAAUUCAGAUUUUACUAAUUAUAUUGUUUAUUUUUAUGAAAGACUUUCUAAACUUAACCAGAUCUCAAGGAAUACCUUCUGCACGUAGACUGUUUGCAGUUCACCUCUCUCUUUGGGUUGGGGUUGGGAAUAAAGUGGGGGAGAAUCAACCUUGGUUGGUGCUCGUUGCUGAGCACAAAACAAACUGAGGGGUAACCCUGAAUUGGGAGAUACUAGAUUUUGAUUAUCUAGUUGGCAGGAAGCCAAUUCUUCUUGCUCUUUAAAAUAUUAUAUUGCAAUCAUUUUCACCAAAACCUAUAUAAGAAUUGCAUUUCCCAUCACCACCAGUACUCAAGCACAUAUAAUACCAUGUGUGCCCUGUGUGUGAUGCACUGGUUUCAUUUUUUACUCAGUUAAAUUUCAUUUAAUUAAAAAAUGUUGAUCUUGAUCCAAAUUUAUUUCAUCACCUAAAAAUGAAUCAUAACCCAAAGUUUGAAAAAGUUUUCCUGAGGAAGUAUGUUGGCAGUACCUUUGAAUGGUUUUCAUGAUUGUGUCAUUCAUUGAUGAACCUUCCAAACAGCUAGAAUAUCUGUUGUUUAUAUACUAUUGUCUAUAUACAUUUAAAACAUGUACAGCUAGACAAAUGCCUAGAA